GCAGCUGUGGUCUGCUGAGUGUCACCUCCACACAGCAAGUGCCUUUACUUGGGCAGAACAGGGAGAAGGAGCGUAGCUGUGAGAGAGACACACGGAGAGAAAGGGGGAAAAAAAAUCUCAGGAGUGUGUCUCAACGCACCAGAGGAGCAUCUCUCUGACUUCGGAGAGGGCUGAAGAGCGCACAGAGACUGACGGGCAGAGACAAGCAGCGGCGUUGGAGUAUAACAGUGCUGGUGGUGUUGGCAGAGCACGCCGAGUGGACACAGGGGAAUCCACCGGCGCUGUUGAUCCUGGUGUCCCUGGCAAGAAAGAAACAACAACAAAAAACUGCUUGAGCGGGAGACAGAAAGCGGUGCAGCAGCCAGGAUCUCGCCAGGGGGGCAGCAUUUUACAGCGACAACGAAGCGUGGAGACAGCUGAAACCUGCGCGCAGACACACUCUCUCUCCCUCACACGCGCGCAUGCACACACACACAUGCAAACAGUGAGUGUGAGCGAAAAGGGACGCUCGCGGUGCUUUCAAAAGAGCCACAAAAAUCCUUCUUCUUGUGAAACGCACAUACUUGCACAGGAAAACAACACAAAACAUUUCAUCUUCUUCGGCCAGGGAUGGUGGAUGAUGAAGGAGAAAACUUCUGGAGAGGAAAUUGUCUUUGAAGCAGGACUUACUGCUGAGGUUUUGUAUUUUUAAUCAACUUUGUCACCACCACCCUGUUUUUUUCUUUUUGAAGUUGGGGCAUUUUAAAGCCUCCGUCUAAGCACAACAACUAAACAACCUCUAUUCUUAGAGGCAGAAAUUGAGAGCUGUCUUUGUGACCAUCAAGAUGUCUAUUCCUGAUUCGGUCUGAUUGGUAAGUGGAUUAUGACGGCAAGAUUUGGGGAUUUUUCUUUCACCUGAAGAAAGAAAGAAGGAAAGAGCGACAGAAACCUAUCCAUGAUUGGUGGAUUUAUGGCUGUCAGAGAAGGAGAGGAUCCCUUGCCUUUUCUCCUCUCUUCUCCUGUGGAUUACAGAUGGGCUUUGUGAUCUCCCAGUGCAGUCUCAUGGAUGAUCGCUCGCUGCCAGUCAUUAGGAUAAAGUACAAAGAGGGACACAAGUGGCUUGGGCACAGGCGGAGAUUGAUUGAAGUGAUCUGUGUGAAUCCUAUUAAUGCAUCCUGGAUUGUGGCCAAGAAAGAAGCAAUGGAGGGGAACACCGCUGUCUAGCAGCGCUAUCUGAUCUGCCUCUCACUGGACAACUGAGGACCCUCUGCACUCCCUCUUCAACGACACUCCUCCUCCUCUUCUUCUCAGACAGGCAAGGAUGGUACCCCCGCCUCCCACCAACAAACCCCACGUGUGCUUGUCCACCAUUCUGAUCAUGAGCAGCAUGGCGCUGAUUGAUGCCUACCUGGUGGAGCAGAAUCACGGCCCCCGCAAGAUCGGCAUCUGCAUCAUGGUGAUGGUGGGAGACAUCUGCUUCUUAAUUGUCUUGCGUUACGUGGCAGUGUGGGUGGGCGCCGAGGUGCGCACAGCGAAGCGAGGCUACGCCAUGAUUCUCUGGUUUCUUUACAUCUUCGUGCUGGAGAUCAAGGUCUACUUUGUGUAUCAAAACUACAAAGCAGAUAGGAAGAGCUUGGACGCUCUCGCGAGGAAAGCCUUGACCUUGCUGCUGUCUAUUUGCAUCCCGGUGCUGUUUGUGGUGCUGGUGGCUAUCGACCACAUGGAGUAUGUUCGAGCCUUCAAGAAGCGCGAGGAGAUCCGUAACCGCCUCUUCUGGGUGGUGGUGGACUUGCUGGACAUACUGGACAUCCAAGCCAACCUGUGGGAGCCACAAAAGAAAGGGCUUCCUCUGUGGGCCGAGGGCCUGAUGUUCUUCUACUGCUACAUCCUCCUGCUCGUGCUGCCCUGCGUGUCCUUGAGCGAGAUCAGCAUGCAGGGCAUCAACAUUGUCCCCCACAAGAUGCUCCUGUACCCCAUCCUCAGCCUUGUGACCAUUAACAUCAUCACUCUGUUCAUCCGCGGAGGGAACAUGCUUUUGUACAGGGACGCCAGGGUAUCUGGGAUCCUAAUAGGAAAGAACAUCUUGGCCAUCAUCCUAAAGACCUGCAGCUUUGUGCAGUACAGGAGACAGUUGCAGAAUGCUCCUCCCGCCUUCGGGGUCGAGCUGCAGAAAAACUCAGUGGCCCAUGCUCGCCCUGCCCCCACCCCUCCUCAAGUGGUAAUGCAGGAUCAGACACCCCUCCCCGAGGUGACUACUUGCGAACACACAUGACAAAACAGCGGGGCGAACCCUGGAAAUGUCAAUACAAGUGUAUAUGACCCUCAGGACGCUGGCGGGGCACAGUGUUCCACACCUUUUAGGGCAUGCGAACACUCAUGUGAACACACGGGAGAUCAACAUCUCCUCUGAUGCUUCAUGGCACAGAGAACACUGCAGACACUUAGUGAUGAUAGAGCGUCGGAUCCAAAGCUGUCAUUGGUGCAAAAUACAGUAUUAUUUGUGACUUUGUUAAAGCGUUUCCUCCAGUAAAUCCAGUUACCUGUGUAUUUUUUCUAAUUGUACAACUGAAAGAAAAAAGAAAAACAACCUAUUGCAACUAUUGCAAGAUUAGAGGAAUAUAUUUUUGAAUUGUGUGUGUUGCAUUCUAAUCUUAAAUUUAAGGGUCUGUGUGGUGUGGUGUGCAUUUUCUGUUCCUCGAUUGUUCCUUGUAGUCGAGGGCUUCAACGUGUCCGAUUUAGAGGGAGCAACCAAUGAGAGAAUCAAACAGUUAAAAGCUUUC